AUGAGUGAUGACAGCGGGAAUCUCCAGGAUACCCGCCGCGCCAACGCAGAAGAUGCGGCAAAAAGGGCCGAAACACUGAUCGAACUACUGCGCUACGUCAGCGGGCUGGACGAACGUGCCCCAAAUUCACUUCUAGAAGCCCAAGCGAGUCCGGGACACGAGCGGACAACAAACGCCUACACUUGCGUCGUCCCCGAGUACAUCCGCGAAUCCAGCUUCCCGGAAUUGAUAUCCGCCGAAAAACUCGAUGCCAUCAUCGGCAAAUUGCUUUCCAGCACAACGCUAAGCGCGCCAAUUUAUCAACGUACUGACAUCGCCAGCAUCACCAUUGCGCUACAAGCUGCAAAGAUUGACGAGUUGACUCCAUCACACUACAAACUUUUGAUAGAGCUGAACCCAAAGGUCGCUUCCGAUGUGCUUUCCUACCUUCUAAGGUCCGAUCCCGAUCGAAUAAACACGAUUAUCGGCGUUCUGAUGUCGAUGGAAUUCUCUGUACAAUGCGCCGAUGUAAUUAGGAAAAUUUACAAGACAGCCCCCUCCUUGCCCACCGCCCCCCUGGUCACAUACAUACAGCAUUUAUUUCCAAAUUUGCUAAGAUUCGUCGAAACCCUCGAUGCAGAUCCGCCACGUCCGCGUUACGGCGAUGCUUGUGGCAACGUUAUUGAACGAGGGGACGAUAAAAUCCGACGACUUGUACACGGAGAUCAACGCGUUCUGUCUACAGUUUUCGUCCAACCAGGCCACGUCCACCCCUCUUCCAACAGU